ACUUCCUCACAUGGCCUCUCUGACCCGCCGUCUCCUCUUCGGUGAAGUGAGGUGAGCACCCUCCCUUGCAGGGUGGCGAUAAAGAUUCCAGGUCGUCUGUCACAGGAACGGAAUGGCACCUGUGGUGACUUCCUUCCUGCAGCCGCUUGUUGGUAGAAAGGCCAAGAGGAAGAAGGACUUACGGAUAGCCUGUGUGUCCAAGCCGCCCGCGCCCAACCCCACCCCCCCUAGGAACCUGGACUCCCGGACCUUCAUCACCAUUGGAGACAGGAACUUUGAGGUGGAGGCCGAUGACCUGGUGACCAUCUCAGAGCUCGGGCGUGGCGCCUAUGGGGUGGUGGAGAAGGUGCGGCACGCCCAGAGCGGCACCAUCAUGGCUGUGAAGCGGAUCCGGGCCACCGUGAACUCCCAGGAGCAGAAACGCCUGCUCAUGGACUUGGACGUGAACAUGCGCACGGUUGACUGCUUCUACACCGUCACCUUCUACGGGGCCCUCUUCCGAGAGGGAGAUGUGUGGAUCUGCAUGGAGCUCAUGGACACAUCCCUGGACAAGUUCUACCGGAAGGUGCUUGAGAAAGGCAUGACGAUCCCCGAGGACAUUCUGGGGGAGAUUGCUGUGUCUGUAGUGAGGGCCCUGGAGCACCUGCACAGCAAGCUGUCCGUCAUUCACAGAGAUGUAAAGCCUUCGAACGUCCUCAUCAACAAGGAGGGCCACGUGAAGAUGUGUGACUUUGGGAUCAGCGGCUACUUGGUGGAUUCUGUGGCCAAGACGAUGGACGCUGGCUGCAAGCCCUACAUGGCUCCCGAGAGGAUCAACCCGGAGCUGAACCAGAAGGGCUACAACGUGAAGUCCGACGUCUGGAGCCUCGGCAUCACCAUGAUCGAGAUGGCUAUCCUGCGGUUCCCCUACGAGUCCUGGGGGACCCCCUUCCAGCAGCUGAAGCAGGUGGUGGAGGAGCCGUCCCCUCAGCUUCCGGCUGACCGCUUCUCUCCGGAGUUUGUGGACUUCACUGCCCAGUGUUUGAGGAAGAACCCCGCAGAGCGCAUGAGCUACCUGGAGCUGAUGGAGCACCCUUUCUUCACCUUACACAAGACCAAGAAGACAGACAUCGCUGCUUUUGUGAAGACGAUCCUGGGAGACGACUCGUAGAGGGGCCCCAGCCCAGAGCCCUCCACGGGGCGAUGCUUGCCCACAUCCAUAAGCUACUGCAGCUGGCCGUGGGCAUCCUGGGAGGACUCGAGGGGCUGGUCCCAAGUGCCAAAGAACCAGACUGUCAGGGCUCCCUGCGGCCCUCAUGGGCCUACCAGUGCCUCUGUCCUGCUGCUUCAAGGACCCCAAGUCUUUAGCCCCCAAGACCCUGGACUUGUGGGGACCUGGGUGCCCCCAGAUGUUGCCGCCCCUCACAGAGAAGGCAGCCGGCACCUGUGCACUGCCUGGCCCCGCCCGGAUGCCUUCAAGUUGUAUAUUUUUCUACUUCUGACUGAAUGGACUUUGCACACUUUGGCUCAGGACUCUGCUGGGUGGUGUGGGUGCGGACGGGUGAGCCACGUGGACCUCGAGCCCCCUGAGGGAGACCCCGCUGCUGGAGCCCUCGCUGGGCGCUGCACGCAGGCCUCCCCGGGACCCUGUGGCCCAGCCCCUCCUGUCACAUUUACUAGGGGCGUCGUUUCACUUUCUUUUUUUAAUUUAUCCUCUUUUUCCCUUUUGCUUUGUGGGUUUGGCUGGGUUUUUAUUGCUGUUGUUGUUUGUUUUGCACGGUCUGGAGCCACAUACGUUUUCUGCCACCCCCGGGGGCCAGUGGCCAAGACUCACCUCUGCUCGGGUGGCUCUAGGAGGUUGGCCUCCAGUCUCUGCUCAGAGACACUCCCUGGGGCUGGCCUGGCAGGCUAUAGAUUAGCUUUUCAUAAUAUGUGUGUGUGGGGGGGUGUGUAUAUACACACAUAUACAUAUAUGCUUUUUUUUUUAAAGAAAGGACUACCUGUCCUGGGUUCUGUCCCUGAUGGGUGGGGGCAGUUACCUGUUUGCUGUUUUAAUAAAAAAAAAAAAGUGGGUGCGAAGGCGGCGUGCGACUGUCACCGUGCUGAGCCCACGCCUCGGGGUGCCUGUGGCCACUGGGAGGACCCCUGCCCUGGGGUGGGGCCGGGCUGUGUGGUCGGGGGAGGGGUUGCACCAGGGCCCUGGGGUGGUGCUGAGGGGCCGGUCCUGUGCUGGGUGCUGGGCGGAGCAGCAGACACAGGCCUGACCGCUGGCUGUGGGAGAGUGCUCUGCCGAUGCCCUCCCUGGAUGCUGUCCGCUCACGGAGGUGGGAUGCUGUCUUGGGCUACGAUGUUGUCCCAGUUUCUGAGAAACAGGCCCAGCGAGCUGAAGUGACGCGCCCCAAGCACCCAGCUGGUAAUGGUGAGAAGCAGCUUGGAGCCAGGCCGUGUACCUUGGGAGGGGAGCUCGAGGAAGGCGGCAUUGCCAAGGUCCAGCCUGACCUGUGGUCCUCGGGUCUGGGCUGGGCGGGAACUGCCAUCACCGCCGUCAGCAGCAGGAGUGACUGCUCACGUGAGCACAGCUGUGUGCGGCUCAGGCAGUUGGGCAGGAGCGGGUUGGUCCCUGUAGCACUCGUGUCCGCCUUAGCUGCUUUCUCUCGGUCCACACCCUUUGUGGGGACAAGGCAGGACCCAAGGGCUCCUCCCAGUUUAGCAAAGGGGCUCAGACUCCAGCUGCAGCCCCAGGUCUGGCUUGUUGGGCGGGAAGGGGUCACAUACCCAAGUCAUCAGCCAGGAGGAUCAGCCCACCCACAUCUCAGGGUUGAGAAUGCACCUCCCUAGUCCUCCAGGGGAACUCAGGGCAUCUUCUCUGGGGUCCUCUCUCCUCUACCUCAGCGCCCCUGUCCUCACCCCGCCUGUCCUCAGCACAACCUGGUGUCAAAGAGCCUCCAGUCCAGGACAGCUCUCUGCCCACUAACCCUUCCCUGGCACACACUGAACACUUGAAGGCACGUCUGUGCCUCUCCCUCCCAGCCUUCCUCCAUGAUGAAGGCUGUUCUCACCAUGGGGUCUUUGCACAGACUGUACCCCCCCGCCUGGGACCCCUUCCCCCAGGCCUGCCUCUCCUCUGGUCCAGCCAGGUUUCGUCCGAGUAGAUCUGACUGCCACUGUGUUCGCUCAGCCUUUGUUAAUGAAUAAAACAUACA